AUGUCCGUAUCUGGUAGCAACAGCGGUAAAUCGUACUCGUGGACUGAUGUUUCGGGUAACGUGUACUACUAUUACAAGCAUCCUAUGACCAAGGCUGUUUUGUUCAUUUUACUACAGGAAUUAUGUGAACGUUUGGCCUUCUACGGGUUGAUGCCCAACCUUCAGAUUUUCCUCAAGGAGUAUCUUAGGGUUGAUGACGCUGGUGCUAAUUCGUAUAUCUCUACGUUCAACGCUAUCCUUUAU